AUGGACGGCUCAACAGCGCUUGACAGGCUACCGUUCUCUGGGAAUUUCAAGACCCUAGGGACACCGAGUUGUCGGAUUACGAUCGGGUUAGAACAUAAGCCACACAAAGCUUACAACGACAAGUCGGCCCCGAUCAAGAUGACGGUGCGCACGCUACAGAUCGAGCUGCUGUGCCCGAUUUGUCUGGAUUUGCUGACGAGGCUGAUGACGACAAGGAUUUGGCCCGAUCGCAAAAUCUACGAUGACAUGCAGAGCAAGCAGGCCGAGAUUUUCACACGCAACACGUCGGGCAUGGACGCGCUGAGAAGGCGAUGC